CAGAAUCCUAACUUUUUUUCUAAUGCUCAUUAUGUGUGUGUGUGUGUGUGUGUGUAUGAAUUCUUGCAAUAAUUUAAAUCCGACUAUAACGAACAAUUGCGCAUAAUUUUGUUUUCCUUGGGUUCCCGUUUCCCGCAUGCACAGUUUUUUUUUUCCCGGAUAACGUAGUUCCUUAAAAUUGGCAACGCAUCCACCAAGAAUGCGGGAAAGAAUAUUCUGUGUGUGGUUGAUCUUGAGGUUGUACCAUGCAUUGUACUACAUGCUAUCUAUAAAAGCCCACACACUUCUAGCGCGAACUUUCCGAGGAUUGCGAGAGAGAGAAAAUAAUCGAGUAGCGUUUGCCAGAUUGAGAGAGAGAAAGAUCGUUUUUUAUUCGGCUCGACACGUAUGCACACACCCAAUGGUCCGUGAAAAGAAUCGGUCAAGUUUGCAACAACCGGGGUGCGCCACCUCUCCACCCCCCAAACUAGUGUGCGUUCCAUACUCUUUUGGGCUCAAGACAACGCGAAACUAAACGAGUGAGCGCCCUUGUGACAAAG